AUUGCUCAAGUAGCUUGUAUACCAAGCUAUGAAACCAUUAAUAGGAUGGUUUAGACCAAACCGAACUACGCCAAGUGUCGAUAGUCUAGCUCACAGAUCAGAGAAGUGGCUAGUCGUUUGAAGCGCCACUAAUCUCUCUCUUAAUGACUACUACUACUUAAAAGCCAUUUUUAAUACUGUACUAAUAGAAAACAUAAUUAUGACAUUUCCAAAUAAAAUAUUGAAAAAGUUUUUACAUUCUCGGAAAUUUCACAAUAAAAAAAUGAAAUCUUCCAAAAUCAAAAAGGAAAGUAAGUAAAAAUUUAAAAUUUAAAAAUGGAAAAAGCAAUAAAUAAGGCGUGACUAUAUUUAAAAAGGGAUGUUACUAACGAACGGCGAUUUAUUCGUAGCCUUUUUGACUCUUCCUUCUUCGUAACUGUUAAUCCAAAAUCUACUCUCUCUCUCUCUCUCUCUCUCUCUCUCUCUCUCCCUUGUUAGUGUGUAUUCUUCUUCUCCGAUCUCUAAGAGAAAUGAAAAGCCGAGAGAGAAAUGUUAAGUACACGGUUCACCGGAAGCUUACAUCACUCAGCCCAAAGGUUGUGAAAAUCACAGUGACCGAUCCAUGCGCUACCGAUUCCUCCAGCGACGAAGAAAACGACGACAGGUUCGUGUCUCCCGCCAAGAGAGUGAAACGUUACGUGGAAGUAAUCAGGUUCUGCGACGCUGCAAAACGCAAGAAACCGACGAACAAGGCGGCGGAGCCAGUCAAGUACAGAGGAGUGAGACGGCGGCCGUGGGGGAAGUACGCGGCGGAGAUUCGCGAUCCUUCGAAACGCGCUCGAGUCUGGCUCGGAACGUUUGACACGGCGGAGGAAGCUGCCAUCGGUUACGACAAGGCCGCGAUUCGGAUCAAAGGACGUCACGCUUUGACGAAUAUUCUCACUCCUCCGUCAAGUCCGCCGGCGAUCGACCUCGAAACGGUCUCUCGCUGCGACGACUCGGCGGUGGAGGAGUCUCAGUCUAGUAGCAUCAUGCGUUCUCCUACUUCUGUUCUCCGUUUUAGCGCAGGGCCCAUUAACCUCUCCUCGGCCCAUCAAGAAGCUCCGGCGGGUUUCGCCUCGCCCGAUCCGUUUUUCUUGCCUCCCGAACUGUUUCCCGCGAGAGACUGUUUCUGGGAUUCCGAAAUUGCCCCUGAUCCUUUGUUUCUAGACGAGUUCCAGUUAUUACCGAACAGCAGUACAGUCUCGAAGUUGUCGGAGAGUUUUCCAUUAGGCGUGAUCGGGGAUUUGAGCUCUUGCUCGUGGGAUGUGGAUGAGUUUUUCAAGGAUCAUUUAUUCUGAUUAAAUGAGAAAAAAAACAUUUUUCGGUUUUUUCGAGUGAUGAGUGUUUGGUGAUGCAUCUUGGUCGUCCGUUUUCCCUUUUUUUUUUCAGUUCGACCAAGGUGUACGGCUCCGAUCAGUUGGAAGAAGGAGGGGAAUCCCGGAGAAGCGUAACGGAUUCUUAAUUUAUUAUUCGUAAUUUUUAAAUUUAUGUUUGCGAGUAAAUAUAAUAGUAUUAGAUUUUUAUGUUGCGAGUAAAUAUAGUACUAGAUUUUAAAUUGUGAGUUUUGAAUUGGGGAUUUUGGGGAGGUUUGUGUUGUUUUGAUAUUUUUAUGUUUGUCACUAUGCAAGGAAGCAAAAUUAUUAAUUCUAGUAGUAUAUCUUAUAAUAA